AUGAUGUCAAGGCGAGUGCAAAUUGACGGCAGAAUCUGUCCAUGGGAUGAGCAGCCUGAUCGUAUGAAUGUCGCUGUUGACUCGGCUCUGUUGCACAUUGGCAUUGACGGAGUUAUCGGAUCUUUAAAGUCAUUAAAGGAAAAAUCUGUACGUCAUCUGAUCUAUCUAUCGUUUUGUAGAAGUGAUGAUAAUUUAAUUUGA